UACCAAACCAAUAUAAGAAAUAUGUUCCUUUGGAAAUUAGAAUCUUUCUCCAAUCAGGAAAAAAAUAAGAAGCCCAAAUGGACUAAAAUUGCUAUAGACUUGGUUCGUCGUCUGCAUGUCCAAGCCCACUACUCGUGCGAGGACGAAUAGUUUAUGAGCUUUAGAGAGAGAAAAACAAUACUGUUUAGAGAGAGAAAGUUUGGGGGAAGAACGAAGGAGCACGAAGACAGAACCAGGAACCUUAUUUUACUCGACAAAUACAUACGUAUUUAUGUCAAUAUAGGCACUUGUUGUCUCAUAUUGUACAAGCCGAGGGACAUAUUGUACGAGAUUCAAAUGCAUUCCCUGCUUCAGAUAUUCUAGGGCAAAAAUACCUUUUGCUUUGAAUUGAGGUAAGAAAAAACCCUAGAACCAGGAGAAACUUACAGGGGUGACGCAUUGCUAACCCUAGAUGCAAUUCGGGCAUUAGUAUUCACAAUUGAGAAAGAGAGGAACGUGAUUGGGGCUGCAACCAGAUAGUGUCCUAAGUUCGUAGAAGUACAAAAGGAAUUUGAUCGAGGCUUGUGCUGAUGGAGGGAACACCCUGUAGCUUUUAAGGUGGGAAUGCAUGGAUGUGGUGCGGAAUCUGAUCCCGUAGUCAAUGCCGAGGUUGAUUCGAUGGGAGGAGUUCUUGAAGGUGGAGUUGGUAUUGGUAACAUAACUUCUCCGCGGAGAUCAGCAAUUGAGGAGGUUCAACUUGAGCUUAGGCAGGAGUAUUGUUUCCUAGAGGAAAAGAGAAGAGAAUUAGAAUUUCUUGAGAAAGGUGGUGAUCCGCUGGAUUUCAAAUUCGGGAAUGCUGCUUCACUUAGUGUUCAGUCCACUUCUCUGACAGAUCAACAUCCCGAUAAGCUUGUGACCAGUGAAGCAAAAGGUAGUUUUGCAAUUACUGCUUCUCCUCAUGGAGACUCAGUUGAAAGUAGUGGUCGACUUGGGGCUCCUCAACUUUGUGAACCCAACAGUGCUGACAAUCUCAUGCUAUUUGAUGGUGAAAAUGAAUUCACUGAAGGUGAUAGGUCUUCUAGACACCCCGGUAGGAGCAAUCUUACUCCAUCAGAGCAGUCAUUUAUGUUGGAUAGAAGUCGCAAUGCAAAAGAAUUGGGUGAUUCUGCUGCUUUUGGUGUCCCUAGAAAAGCUUACAAGCGAAGAUACAGGUCCCGGCCUAAUGAUGUAAAAGGACUGGUUUCUGAUGGAGAAAAUCCAAAAGACCAGAACUCUUCUUUGAACAUUGCAGUGCCUUCUAGUCCAAAGGGUUGUAUGCCUGUGAAGACUCUGGCUUCUGAAGUAGAUGGUGUUAAAGCUGCAGAGUCAACUACUUACUUGAAGACGGAUGAUCUGGCAGAUAGCAUUCCUGAAGCUAGUGCUUCCAGAGAUUUGCUGGAUAACCAACAUGAUCAGAACUCACACACAGGUGUUAAGGAAAUGUCUAUUCAGGAAGGUCCUGAAAGGCUUCCAUCGUCACUGGGAGAAGAAGCGGUAAGUUCUGCUGGCCAGGAAGGUCAGUCAUGUACAGCUGCAGCAGGCCUUGGGAAGCAAGCUAGUUCCAGCCAAAUAAAUGGGUUCAGUUGUGGGAAGAGUGACCAGAAAAGCAUACCAAAUGAUGCUCAAAGCAGUGGUGCAGCAUUGGGCACAAAGGGUUUAGAUUCAGAAUCUUCUUGCACCCGGACUACUCUAGAUCGAAAUAAUGAUAGGGAAAUGAUUAUGAACCCAAAAAACUUGGACUCCAAAGGUGACUUGAAGGAACAAAUGUCGGUGCCAGAGGGAACACCCAUUAUCGAAAGCAAUCUUAAAGAACAGAAAGAGGUGAAAGCUGGUGACGGUUGUGGUUUGACCAAUGAAGUAUGCAAUUCUGGCCCCAAAAAUCACCAAAAUUAUUUUCUCGAUACAUCACAGGAAGAAUUUGUUAGCAGUGAACCUAAUUUGCUUUGUGAGGUAAAAGAUAAUACUACCACUGUAGUGGAAGCAGUUGGCCCAUCUCCGUCAGAAACUGAGAGGAAACCCAGUGCAAAUACAAGUGAUAGUUCCAACCUCCAAAAAGGAAAUGCUUGUAUUAUUGGACGUCAGGCUUCAGUUGAGUCCAGAAUACCUGAGCCUUCUCAGCAUGUAUCACCACAUGGAGUUUCAAAUCUUUCCCCUGAGGCACAAGCAUCUGGGAUCAACGUUAAACUUGCUACCAGGGGUGAUGAAGACUCAAUCUUGAAAGAGGCACAGAUUAUAGAGGCGAAACGUAAAAGGAUUGCAGAGUUAUCUGCAGUGACCUUUCCAGUGGAGAAUCGUCGCAAAUCCCACUGGGAUUAUGUACUUGAGGAAAUGGUUUGGCUGGCAAAUGAUUUUGCUCAGGAACGUCUUUGGAAAAUGACUGCAGCUGCUCAAAUGUGUCACCGGGUGGCUUUUACCGCGCGGUCACGAUUCCAAGAACAAAAUAGUAGUUGGGAGCUAAAAAAGGUAGCUCAUAUUAUGGCCAAAGCUGUCAUGGGUUUCUGGCAGUCUAUUGAGGGGAAAAGCAAAAAACUGGAGCUGCCGAUCUUUAGAAAGGGUCAUACCCUUGCUAUUAGGGAAUAUGCCAUGAGAUUUCUGAAAUACAAUGACUCUGAUGUUCCACAAAGCCUUGCUGAAGCUCCGGUGACUCCAGAGAGGGUGUCUGAUGCUGGAAUCAUUGAUGCGCCCCAGGAAGAUCAUUUUAGAGAAGAGAACCUCUUCUAUGCUGUCUCCCUUGGAGCAAUGGAUGCUUACAGAAAGUCCAUCGAAUCUCAUGUGCUGCACUAUGAGAAAUUUGGUAUGCAUGAAGAGGUGGAGACAUCUGCAUGCAUUACAGUUCCAGACUUUGGAUCUCAAGACUAUGCAUUUGAAGAGGAUGAAGGAGAGACAAGUCCAUAUGACAUAUCAGUUGCCAUUGAAGGUAACAAAUUGUCAAGAUUUUCCCAGAAGAAAAGGAAGAUCCUCAUAAAGGCAUAUAAUGGACGAUCAUAUGAUGUUCACACUGAUGUACCAUUUACACAACGUGUGGAAAACAAACUUGGUACUCAUCAAUCUAUGCAACUGGGCAAACGGCCAGCAAGCAAUCUUAAUGUGUCUAUUCCAACAAAGCGUAUGCGUACUGCUUCUAGGCAAAGAGUUCUUAGUCCUUACAGUGCAACAACAUCUGGAUGUGCUCAGUUGCCAAUCAAAACUGAUGCUUCAAGUGGUGAUACCAGUUCAUUUCAGGAUGAUCAGAGUACUUUGCAUGGGGGAUCACAUAUGCCAAAUAGUUUGGACGUUGAGUCAGUUGGCGAUUUCGAAAAGCAUUUACCAUUUGACUCCAGUGAAGUUUCAAAACCUAAAAAGAAGAAAAAAUCAAAGAUUCUGGGAGCAUAUGAACAGCGAUGGAAGGCUGAUUCUAAUUUUCAAAAGGAGCAGAGGGACUUUUCCAGAAAGAGAUUGGAGAGCCAUCAACUUGAUUCUAAUGGUAGUAACGGUUUAGUCGGUCAACAUAUCACAAAGAAGCCAAAGAUGAUGAGGCAAUCACUUGAAAAUUCUUUUGAAAAUAUAGGUGCUGGUGGUGGAUUUGUCCCAUCUCCAGCGGCUUCCCAGAUGAGUAACAUGUCCAACCCAAAUAAACUUAUAAGAAUGCUUAGUGGUAGGGACCAGGGUAGGAGAGGCAAAACUUUGAAGACGUCUGCUGGACAACCAGGUUCAGGAAGUCCAUGGUCGCUAUUCGAGGACCAGGCGCUCGUGGUCCUGGUGCAUGACAUGGGUCCAAACUGGGAGCUUGUAAGUGAUGCUUUCAACAGUACUUUACAAUUCAAGUGUAUCUACCGCAAGCCAAAAGAAUGCAAAGAACGACACAAAAUACUGAUGGACAGAAGUAGUGGUGAUGGUGCUGAUAGUGCUGAUGAUUCAGGAUCUUCUCAACCUUAUCCUUCAACAUUACCUGGCAUUCCCAAGGGAAGUGCUAGGCAACUGUUUCAGCGUUUGCAGGGGCCAAUGGAAGAGGAUACACUUAGAUCUCAUUUUGAGAAAAUGAUCUUGAUCGGGCAGAAAUAUCUUUUACGGAAGAAUCAGGGUUAUAAACAUGAUCCGAGACAUCUCCAGCAACCACAUGAUUCUCACACACAUGUUCUUUCCAAACAUUGUACAAAUAAUCUGAACGGAGGCCCUAUUUUUACACCUUUGGACCUAUGUGAUGCGCCCUCGAGUCCAGACUAUCUUUCUGUUGGAUGCCAAGGUCCGCACCCAAGUGAAUUAUCUAUCUCAAGUCAGUGUGCAUUAAACUCAGUGCUCCCAGCGUCUGGUGCAAACUCCGCAGUCCAGGGGUCGUCCAAUAUGAUUAGUGGAAACAACUUUCCGUCAAGUCCCCUCAAUGCAUCUGUUAGGGAUGGUAGAUAUAUUGUUCCUAGAUCUGCAUCUCUUCCAGUUGAUGAACAGCAGAGAUUUCAGCAGUAUAAUCAAAUGAGAAAUAUGCAAUCCAAUAUGNGCAGAGGCAACAUGAUGAUGCACCAGAACUUGCAGAUAGAUCCCUCUCUACUGAAUGGGCUUUCGAACAAUCAAACAAAUCAAUCUGCUGAGAAAGGUGAGCAAGCCACUCACUUGAUGCAAGGUCAUGGACUAUAUUCUGGUACAGCACACAGCCCUGUCCAGCUUGCAAAGCAAGCUGUGGCACCUCAUUCUUCAAGUCAGCCCCAGCCUAAGAUUUACUCUGGCCAACUACCUCCAUCUACCAAGCAUCUUCAGCAGCAGAUGCCUAAUCAGGAUAAUAGCAAUCAAGGUCCUGGCUCAUUGGCUCCCUCUGAUACUAUUUCAUCUCAGCAAUCUGUUCCAUCCUCAGUCACAGGUUCUUCCAACCACCAAGGAUUGGUGCAUCAACAACCACAGGUGCAGCCACAACCAAAAUUGAUGAAUCAAAGCCAAGCAACUGUACAACGGGUAUUGCAGCAGAACCAUGUAGUAAAUUCAGAUCAAUCAAAGAAGUUGCAAGCUGGUGAACCUCAAGCUGAACAACACCCUAUGUGCAAAACUUCUCAGAUAGGUGCAAUCACCUCAAUGCUUCAGGACGUCAAUGAUGCAACUAAUGUCGCAGAUGUUUCAACUCUGAGUGCUAAUCAGUGGAAGGGUACAGAACCA